AUGCUUCACGAAUUGCUUUUAGCUUUGUCCGGUUUUCCUGGCGAUUUGUUCGUAGCUUUUCCAGAUCAAAAUUUUACAAUCCCACCAGAUUUUCCUUUCUUACAUGAAGCGGAAAAAAGUUCCUUAGAACGACUUGCUAUUCUUGGAAAAUAUUAUCGAACAAUCACUAAUUUCUUGGCUCUUCAACAUGGUAGAAAAGAGAACCCAACCAAUUUAAAUAUAAUCGCGCCUGGGGGCGAUAAAACAGCCAAAAAACAUUUAAAUGGCUCAUUCGUGCAUGCCUUGUGUAAUGCCUUAAACGAAGUACUCAAAGAUUUUCAAAAAACUGUUAUUGAAUGUGAGAUACGGAUUUUAAGUAAAGAAGAUAAUAUGGGCGGAGUGGUUCCAGUAUCACAAAUAGUAGCAGCAUUUGGAGAAUAUUAUAUCAUUUUCCCACAUUUAAAUCAAUUAAUAAUUGAAAUAAAUCAAAAACCUGAGGAAUAUUUUGGAUGUCAAAUACUUAAUCUAAUAAUUGAAAAAUGUAAUACAGGUGUUCCAGAACUUCGAACCAUAAUGUUGAAAUUAUUUCAAGCUUGUAACGAAGUCAUGUAUAAACAUAUUACAUCAUGGAUGGUUUAUGGUCAUUUACAAGAUCCUUAUGGAGAAUUUUUU